CGGGGCUGCCUCAAAACCUCGAGUGAAGUUUAAAUCACACAGAGCUCCUCCGACUCUCACUUUGCAUCCUCCUCUCCUCUCCUCUGCUCUGCUCUCUCUCUCUCUGUCCGUCUCUCUCUCUUCCUCUCCUCUUCUGCAUCCACUGGUUGAUCAUCCGGUUGGCCCUGUGAGGGAUCUUCCUCUGAACAUCUGCAGCAGCUUUUCCAGCUUUCAAAGAAGUUUAUUUCCUCUGAGGUUUGUGAGAUCGAGCCGUCGCCAUGGAAGCCAUCAAGAAGAAGAUGCAGAUGCUGAAGCUGGACAAGGAGAACGCCAUUGACAGGGCGGAGCAGUCCGAGUCCGACAAGAAGGCAGCGGAGGACAAAUCCAAGCAGCUGGAGGACGAGCUGCUGGCUCUGCAGAAGAAGCUGAAGGGAACAGAGGAUGAGCUUGAUAAGUACUCGGAGGCCCUGAAGGAUGCUCAGGAGAAACUGGAGCUGUCUGAGAAGAAGGCCGGAGAUGCAGAGGGUGAGGUGGCAUCCCUAAACCGCAGGAUCCAGCUGGUGGAGGAGGAGCUGGACCGCGCUCAAGAGAGACUGGCCACAGCGCUGCAGAAACUGGAGGAGGCGGAGAAGGCUGCAGAUGAGAGCGAAAGAGGCAUGAAGGUGAUUGAGAACAGAGCCAUGAAAGACGAGGAAAAGAUGGAGAUCCAGGAGAUACAGCUCAAAGAAGCCAAACACAUCGCUGAAGAGGCGGACCGCAAAUGUGAAGAGGUUAACCGUAAACUGGUGAUCCAGGAGGGUGAGCUGGAGAGAUCAGAAGAGAGGGCAGAAAUUGCAGAGCUUAAGUGUUGCGACCUGGAAGAAGAGCUGAAGAAUGUCACCAACAACUUGAAGUCUCUAGAGGCUCAGUCUGACAAGUACUCUCAGAAAGAGGACAAAUACGAGGAGGAGAUCAAAAUCCUGAAUGACAGACUUAAGGAGGCUGAAACCCGUGCAGAGUUUGCAGAAAGAUCAGUGGCCAAGCUGGAAAAGACCAUAGAUGACCUAGAAGACAGCCUAUGUAAAGCAAAAGAGGAAAACUUAGGAAUGCAACAAGUCCUGGACCAAACACUGCAGGAGCUGAGUAGCUUGUAAAAUGCCAAGAAGAACAUCAAUAAAUAAAAAAGCAACCUUUUUUUUGUAAAAGAUAUUUUCUACAUGCCAUCCAUUGUCUGUAAUUUCACCCUUAUUCCUGGUAGCUAAAACACAUGUAUCCCUUUUUAUAUAUUUAUGGUUCUUUUGUUUCUUUACCUUUUUUAAAAUGGUUUUUGGGUCCAUAUGAUAUUCAGUUUUCAUGCUGAAAAUUGUGUUUUAGACCAAACUCUGAGCACAAAUAAAAGUGACGAUGAUUCUGA